AAAUUCCUCGCAGCGGUGAGAGAAGGUAAACAAACGAGCUGUGUCCAAGUGUCCGGACUUUUAUUUGUUUAUUGUUUUUUUUUUUUUAUCGCUAUCAAAGUUUUUAUCACAUUACCGAAAAUGGAUCCGACCAGAGGGUUUUUCUCCAAGCUAAGGAAGAUGGCGGUUAAUCUGGAGACAGAAACUGAGAGGCUAAAGCAAGUUUAUGAGAACCGAAGCACUGAGGAUGGAGACAGCGACCUGGGAGAAACAAACGUCCAAGCGAUGCGAACAUUCCAUGAAGUGAACGGAGAGGUUACAGAUCUUAAGAGCCAGCUACAGGAAGAGCUAGCUCAACAAAAACAACGAGAGAACGAGGUCAGCAGCUUCAUUAAGGCCUGCAGAGUGAUGCAACAGAGAGUCUCUAAAGAUAUCCACACCAUUAGAACCCACUUCGAAAAAUAUGGUUACCAAGCUCCUUGUGAUGCAGAAAACCCAGACGCAGGCGCCAACGAUCAAGAAGCAGAGGAUGAAGGUAACUCAGAGGGGGAAGAAGACGGAAGCCAGGAGGAGGAUGAGGGGGGAGAGUCUUCAUCGUCUCCAAAAACGAAGCGGCCCUUCACCGACGAGAUGAGAACCCCUCAGCUCUCAGAUGUUGGUCUGUCUGCGUUGCAGUUAAAGAGGGCUCUGGGUGGGGCUGAGUGGUGCUCUGAAGGUCCUCCCGUUCCGGAGAUGAAUCUCCCCCGGUCUUCACCCAAAACACCCGCUCCGCCAGCCGUUUACAUGAAUCCCAAACGCGCCCUGCAGAUGGACGACGAAGAGCCGCAGAUUCCCCAGAUGCAUGAGUUUGGCAUCUCAGAGCAAACGAUGUGUCUGAAUAGUGACUUCACUAUGGAUUUGUUCAAGAAGAAGGACCUAAAGCCUGAGAAACCUCAGGAUAUCCCAGUCCCGACAGUCAGCCCUGUGACGGAGAGGUUACACACUCGAGUUGAGGAUUUGAAGUCCCCAGAGCCACCUCUACUUUAUACCCCAGGGUUCAAGAUAAAAAAAGCAGGGGAGCCUGAAUCCCUCUCUCACCAUGGAAACGUGCUGUUGACCCCUGAGCUGCCUGCUUUUCAAACCCAAUGUGUGAACCAGCUGUUCAGCAAAAACAAGAUUACAGAGGCUGAGCCCAUCAACCUGCAAAGCAACGGCGCUUGUGAUGCUGCUGGUGAUGGCGAUGGCCACAUUUUCCGACUUCAAACAACUCCUUGCAAUGGACCAAAUGGCCACAUGUCUUCCUGGGAGUACAAUGUGGCAGAAGGGUCCUUCUGCGAUGUGGAGGCCAUGAAGAUGCCAGAGAAGCCCAACUUGGAGUCUGUUCUGGGAUAUUCCUCACAAACUGCAAACUAUCAAACGCUGAAGGUUGGGGAGAAGGAGUUGGUGAAAAAGGACAGAACCAUCAGCAGACUGGAUCUGGAUGGACCCACCCAGGAGUUCAGCUUAGGGACUCCACGCGUCAGGAUCAACUUCCAGGAACCCGGCACCCCCCAAAUGCCCGAUAUCAGCUCCUAUACACAGGAUAUAUUUAAACUUUUGUCAGAUAGUGAGAUGAACAAAAUCAGCACAACGCCUAUGACCUCGUCUGUCAACUCAGAGAAACAAACACACAGUUCUCCGCCACCAAAGGGUUUGUCUUUGAUUUCAAAGAGUGAGUUUCAGAAGUUGUCACCCUAUCUGAGGCAGAUGACUCUCAGCAGCCUGAACCAAGCCGUCAACAACAUCAACAGAUACACAGCAGAGCACCGUGGAAUAAAAGAGGAAUUUACAUUGGAGGAUUUGAUUUCAAUCAUCAGUGUGGAAACCAAGGCCACCAUAUACAUCCUGUGUCUACAAGAACUCAGGAGGCUACAGCGAGUGGACGCAGCUCUGGAGGCUAAAGUAUACAAACUAAUAACAGAAAAGUAAACGACGUCUAACCGGUCAGCUGAAGAUGAAAACUGACCACUGCUAAAUGGAAAUUCUGACUUUAAUGCUGAGAAUAUGAAAUCAUUUGGAGGAGUCCCACGCUGUCAGAGAUGACAGCUGUUGUAGCUUUCUGUUCUGUUUGAGAGAAAUGUAUAUCACCUUUAUUUUUUAAUGGUUAAUAAAGUCCUAAAUAAUAAAAUCAUAACAUCCUCCU